CUUGUCUUAUACUGUUCUCUUAAAAAACAACGCCUCUUUUCAAUCCGGGCUGAAGAUUAUAUUACGUAAUCUGAUCUCAAUAUUGAAAUGUAAACCGAAAACCAAAUUCGCGAUAUUAGUCAACAAAGAUUCAUCUCAAAUAGAACCUCAAUACCGUCAUCAUGUUCUCGCGGAACGCACUGCAGUUGGCUAGCAAAAGUUUUCGCUCGUCGUCAUUGUCGUCCCUUUAUUCGACAUGUUCGAAAACAAAAAGCAUUCUCAACUGUGACAGUUUUCGACAAAAUGAAAGACCGAAAGCUGAAACGCAACAAUUUUUUCAACGACUUUCAACGUCAACUGGUCCAUCUUUCGAAACUACUCAUACAAUGGACGGUGCUGGGGAUCGUAAGGUUUUGACCGCCGACUACAAUGAACUCGUUGAAGCACAAAAAAAAGGCGAUCUUAUUAUAGACGUCAGAGAAGAUAGUGAAAUCAAUGAAACGGGGAAAUUGCCUGGUAGCAUUCAUAUUCCUAUGGCUAAUGUUACCAAUCUUUUGACGAGUCUCUCAGACGAGGCCUUUAAAAGUAAAUACGAAAAAUCCAAACCUACUAAAGAUACAAAAAUCAUACUUAGCUGCAGGUCAGGAAUGCGAAGUGGAAAAGUCCAAGAAGAAAUGCAGAAAUUAGGCUAUGAAAACGUCUACAAUUACAAGGGUGGUUGGCUUGAUUGGGAAAGCAAACAAAAAUUGUAAAACCACUGUAGAAUGUUAAAAGAUAUUUUGCCUUUCAUAUUUCUACGAUGAAUAACUGAAGCUGAAUGAGAAUAAAAUUGAUCAAAACUUAA